AUGGCCAGAGACAAUGGUUCUCCUCCUCUCAGCAGCAACGUGACUGUCAGUGUGUUCAUAUCUGAUGUAAAUGACAACUCUCCUCAGAUAUUGUAUCCAGCACCAGAGGGCAGCUCUUUCAUGACUGAGUUGGUCCCUAAAGCUGCACAUGGAGGGUCUCUGGUGUCCAAAGUGAUAGCAGUGGAUGCAGACUCUGGACAGAACGCCUGGCUUUCAUAUCACAUAGUCAAAGCCACAGAUCCUGGACUUUUCAGUAUUGAUCUACACAGUGGAGAAAUCAGGACACAGCGGGACAUUUCAGAAUCUGACAGCAUGAAACAGAACCUGAUUGUUUCAGUGAAAGAUAAUGGACAGCCCUCUCUGUCUGCCACCUGUUCAAUAUAUUUACUUAUUUCUGAUAACUUGGCUGAAGUUCCUGAACUGAAGGAUAUUUCUCUUGAUGAAAAUAACUCCAAACUCACUUCCUAUCUGAUCAUAGCACUGGUUUCUGUGUCCACCUUCUUUCUGACCUUCAUCAUCAUCAUCCUUGGUGUGAGGUUUUGUCGCAGGAGAAAGCCCAGACUGUUGUUUGAUGGAGCAGUAGCCAUCCCAGGAGCUUAUCUUCCUCCAAAUUACUCAGAUGUUGACGGCACAGGAACUCUACGCAGCACCUAUAAUUAUGAUGCCUACUUGACAACAGGAUCUAGAACCAGUGACUUUAAGUUUGUUUCAUCUUACAAUGACAACACGCUGCCUGCUGACCAGACUCUGAAGAAAAGUCCAUCAGACUUUGGUGAUGUGUUUGGAGACAACAAGGACUUUCCAGAGGGAGAACUGACCUACUCCGUCCAAGAGGAGCUGAAGCACGGAUCUGUCAUCGCAAAUGUUGCCAGGGAUUUAGGACUGGGAUCGCAGGGAAUCGAGGCUCGUAAAGCCCGUGUUGAAAUGGAACGAAGCGAGAAGGAGUAUAUCAGAGUUGACCCGAGAACCAGAGAUUUAGUGGUCGCCGGAAGAAUAGACAGAGAGGAGCACUGUGGACAAAAACCGACCUGUGUUCUUAAAUUUGACCUGCUUUUAGAAAAUCCCCUGGAACUGCAUAGGUUGUCCCUUCAGGUUGAGGACAUAAACGACAAUUCUCCAGUAUUUCAAAAAGAUACAGUGAAGCUGGAAAUCAGCGAGUCUGCUGCCAAAGGAGCCAGGUAUCGCAUUAAUGCAGCGCACGACGCAGAUAUAGGCCAGAACGCCAUUCAAAGCUACACCCUAGAACAAAACCCCCACUUUGUGUUUAGCAUUCAAACGACCAGUGUUGGCAUGAACGGUGCCUCGGUGUCCUCCUAUCUAUCUGUUAAUGGAGACACAGGAGUGAUCCACGCUGUGAGGUCAUUUGAUUAUGAACAGUUCAGGAGUUUUAAAGUCCAAGUGAUGGCCAGAGACAAUGGUUCUCCUCCUCUCAGCAGCAACGUGACUAUUUUGUAUCCAGCACCAGAGGGCAGCUCUUUCAUGACUGAGUUGGUCCCCAAAGCUGCACAUGGAGGGUCUCUGGUGUCCAAAGUGAUAGCAGUGGACGCAGACUCUGGACAGAACGCCUGGCUUUCAUAUCAUAUAGUCAAAGCCACAGAUCCUGGACUUUUCAGUAUUGAUCUACACAGUGGAGAGAUCAGGACACAGCGAGACAUUUCAGAAUCUGACAGCAUGAAACAGAACCUGAUUGUUGCAGUGAAAGAUAAUGGACAGCCCUCUCUGUCUGCCACCUGUUCAAUGUUUUUACUUAUUUCUGAUAACUUGGCUGAAGUGCCAGAACUGAAAGACAUCUCUCAUGAUGAGAAGAACUCCAAACUGACCUCUUAUCUGAUCAUUGCCCUUGUUUCUGUGUCCACUUUCUUUCUGACCUUCAUCAUCAUCAUCCUGGGUGUGAGGUUUUGUCGUAGGAGAAAGCCCAGACUGAUGUUUGAUGGAGCAGUAGCCAUCCCCGGAGCUUAUCUUCCUCCAAAUUACGCAGAUGUUGAUGGAACAGGAACUUUACGCAGCACCUAUAAUUAUGAUGCCUACCUGACAACAGGAUCUAGAACCAGUGACUUUAAGUUUGUAUCAUCUUACAAUGACAACACACUGCCUGCUGACCAGACUCUGAAGAAAAGUCCAUCAGAGUUUGCUGAUGUGUUUGGCAGCUGUGACAUUUCUCCUGAGGUAGGCACCUGUCUGACGUACUAA